AUGGGUGCUGGAGAAGGUGGAAACGCAGAAAACGGAAGAAAACUGUUCAUUCAACGUUGCGCGCAAUGUCACACCGUUGAAAAGGGUGGAAAACAUAAGGUGGGUCCCAAUCUCGGUGGAAUAAUUGGACGUACUGGUGCUACUGCACCCGGAUUUCCUUAUUCCGAUGAGAGCAAAAGACGAUCAGUCGUUUGGAACAAAGCGACUUUAUUUGAGUAUCUUGAAAACCCAAAGAAAUACAUUCCCGGGACAAAAAUGGUAUUUGCCGGACUCAAAAAAGCUAACGACAGGAACGACAUCAUCGCUUACUUAGCGGAGGCCUCAGCCGGUCCCAAUCUGUUUGGUGUAAUGGGAAGACCGAUCGGCUCUGUCAAAGAUUAUGAAUAUUCUGAAUCAAUGAAGAAACAUCCAGGAAUUUGGACAGAAUCUAUUAUUUGCGCAUUUUUGAAAAAUUCCGAUGACACCAAUAUGCCCAGCAUGUCAGAUCUAACUAACGACCAGAAAAAAGAAAUCAUUAAAUACUUAGAAUGUGUAACCAAAAACUCCAAAUAA